AUGUUUGCAUACUGCUCCUUAUUCACCAAGGACUACCUGUUUGACAAGGAUGAACUAGUCCUACUAUGGAUGGCAGAAGGGUUUUUGCACGAGUCAAAUGGAAGCCAGUCAAUGGAGAGUUUAGGUCGUGAGUGUUUUCAAGAGCUAGAGUCACGUUUGUUUUUUCAGCAUUCAACUAACGAUAGGUCACGAUAUACAAUGCAUGAUCUGAUAAAUGACUUGGCCACAAGUGUUGCAGGAGAGUUUUUCUUUAUGUUGGAUGAUAAGAUAGAUGUUUAUGACCAGAAAGAAGCUUUAGAGAAGUUCCACCAUCUUUCAUUUGUUCGUCAAGGGUAUGGAGUAUACAGAAAGUUCAAGCCAUUACAAAGAGCUAGACGCUUGCGCACUUUUCUAGCUUUGUCAGUAAACUUAGAUGCUUGGCAAAGAUUCUCUUUAUCUAACAUGGUUCUUGUCGAACUACUUCCCCAGCUACAGUUCCUAAGGGUGCUUAGCCUAGCUAGUUGUUUAAUCACAGAGGUACCAGAAUCAAUUGGUAGUCUCAAGCAUCUGCGGUACCUCAAUUUUUGUAAAACUAACAUCACAUGUUUACCAGAACAAAUUGGUGGCCUCUAUAAUCUACAAAGCUUAUUGGUUUCUGGUUGUGCUAGGUUAUCUAGCUUGCCAAACAGUUGUGUAAAGUUAAUAAACCUGCGACAUCUUGACAUCAGUGAUACUCCCAUGUUGAACAAGAUACCUUUAGGGAUUGAUGGGCUGACGAGUCUUCAAACACUUUCCAAAGUCAUUAUUGGCGGAGCUAAUGGGUUCAAAAUAUCUGAGCUUAGGCGCCUAUUGCAUCUUCAGGGUCAACUUUCCAUUAAGGGGCUACAUAAAGUGAUACAUCCGAUACAUGCAAAAGAGGCCUGCUUACAGCAAAAGAAGGGUCUUCUUGAUUUGGAGCUAGAGUGGGAUGAUGUCUUUGAUGAUUCCCGAAUUGAAGAUAUUGAAUAUGAAGUACUUGAAGGGCUAAGGCUUUACGAUAAGUUGAGAAGCCUCAAGAUUAUGAACUACAUGGGAAUGAAAUUUCCUAAUUGGGUAGGGGAUCCCUCGUUUGUUUGUCUAACCCAACUCACACUACGCGGGUGUAAGAAUUGUACGUAUUUACCAACACUUGGACAUCUUCAGUCACUUGAGUGUAUCGAAAGCAUGAAUGGGUUGAAGAGACUGGGUUCCGAGUUACUUUGA